UUUUCGGUUUUUUAACUUUUUUGUGACUCUCGAUUUUGAAAAACUACACUACGCCUUGGCGUUUGUUUGUUUUUUAUUUUGUAUUUAAAGUCAGUUCACUUUUCCCACCCCACCCCCUUUAAUUUCCAAUUUGUUUUAAAUUGCAAGAAGUUUAUAAAAUAGUUGUGGUCUGUGCGAUUCUCAAACAAAGCUACAGCAACAAAAUAUUGAUAUUCAUUUUCGGCCUAACAAAAAAGACAAAACACACACACACACACACGCACACAUAAACAAAAUUGUAAGCGCUGCCGCCGCCGCCGAUUGAAAUCGCUUCCAUUGAACUGUGCGGGAAUUUCGCUUUGUUGGAGAGAUCAGUGUUGAAGAGAUCAGUGUUGGUUAACGCUAAAGCAAUCUAUGCCGCAGUAGCGAAGUCGAGGCAGCUGCAGCUGGCGCAGAUGGUUCUGGACUGAGACUGAAACUGAGCUGACAACGCUAUGAAAGCCGAAAAGCUAAACCGACUAAUGCGCGGCAAUGGACGUAAACAGCUCUGGCUGCUACGCAAUACCAAUAAGCUCUACGAGAAUGCUGUGAAGAGCUACUACGAGAGCAACUCGUCCUUGCUGCCCUACAAUCCAGCAUCGAAGAAUGCGAGGGAGCGUCAGGAGAAUCGUGCCCCAAUACGAACGCUCACAUCGGAGCUGCUGAGCUGCAGCACUGAUGGCGGCCGAAGUCUUAAACGUAAUCAACAGCAGAAUCAGCUGAUCGAUUCUGGGAAUUUGUUGAACAGUGUAAUGCAGGCGAAUCGACGUCGCUCCAUGUCCUUUACCGCUGGGGGCGUGCCCAGCUACAGUCUGUAUGAUAAGUCUGUGAUAAGUGCGAGCAGCAGCAGCAGCAGCGGCGACAUCAGCAGCAGCAGCGGCAACAUCAACGGCAGCAACACAAAGUUUGAGCAGAGACAGCAGCAGCAGCAGCAGCGACAACGACAGCGGGUACCGGCUGGUGGUGGUGCUAGUGGUGGUGCUUGUUCAAGUGGUCAGCAGCUGAAGGUGAAGGUCAAUUGGGGGGCGGCGCGCAUGUUGUCUGCGGGUCGUUCGGUUAGUUUGCCGCCGCGUACGCCGACGCUGCAGCUGGAGCUGGGCAUGGGCUAUGGUCCGGGCAAGGGUCCGCCCAGUCAUAUGCAUCAUGUUGGCGCCAUGGAGAAGUCCACCCAUGCGGCUGUCAUGGCGGUGACCCAAAGUAGAGAGUCCGCCGACACGGAGCAGCUGAUGGUCGUGAACAAGGCGCUGAAGCAGCGUCUGGCCCUGCGCUUCAAAUGGGAGCACGAGCGGCAGCCGGCGGAGCUGGAGGAGCAGCAGCCGGAGCAGAAGACUUCUCCCAGCUUGGCAGCGGGUUUUCACUUUGGCGCUGGCGCCAAGUCCGUCGAGCGUUUGCCCAAGGAGCUGGCACGCUUCCAGACGCUCGGCGAGCGCAUCCGACAAUUUGAGCACAUUCAAUUUGCAGAUGGCCCCGUUAGCCAGGAGGCAUUCCAACGUAGCCCGGAUGUGCCCACACGGCAGUUGGCGCCGCAACAGGCGUCGCUUAGUUUCCACAACGUGCUGCACACGAAUCACAGGCAACGCAUACAGAGCAAACCCAAGCCGGCGCAGGAGCAGCCGAAGCCGGAUCAUAAGUAUGACUAUAUGCGGACCAAACAGAAGCUGGAGCAGGCACUGGCCAGGGCCAAGGUGCCGCCGCUGGAGCCGCUGAGGCCGCUGGCGCGCAAUCGACAGCAGCAGCAGCAGCUCAAUGUAAGCGCCUUGGUCUGGCCACCACCCCCCACACCCCCAUCUCCACCCUUAAAGUCAAAGAAGUCGUCACCCAAGCUUGCAAAGUCAUUCAAGCCAUACGCCAAGCCAACCAAAUCCAGUGCAGCCAAAAGUGCAACCAGAUCCGCUACCGAGCGUCAGCCGCCGGCGCUGGCAAACAAUCAGCAAAGUCGCGCCAGUCGGCUCUCCUAUCUCCAAGCUGCCAAGCAGCAGUCGAAGCCAAGUCAAGCUGACUCGCUAGCCAUAAAGCAGACGCAGCAGCAGCAGAAUCAGCAGCAGCAGCAGCAGCAGCAGCAACAGCUGCUGGCGAAGAGCCGCGAGCAGCAGCUGCAACAACAACAACAACAAAAGCAGAACCAAAUUGCUGCACUUAAAGCUAAAGCAGCAAGUCGUAAGCCGGAGUUGCCACCAAUGUGGCCAAAGUUUAAAAAGCCAGCGCCAAAGUUGAAGCAAACCCAAGCACGAUCAACAGCGCAGUCGCCGUUACAAUCACCGCGACUGACCUGGCAACCGCCAUUGCCAUUGCCAGUGGAGGUCACACAGAGGCAGCAGCAUGGCCCCAAGGCCAACAAGCAGCAGCAGCACCAGCAGCACCAGCAGCAGCAGCACCAGCAGCAGCAGCAGCGGCAACAUCAAUGGCACCAAAAAGCUCAAAGCGCCGCUUGGCGUGCCGGAUACUAAAACUCAAUGGCUGAUCACACACACACACACACACACACAUUGUAGUAUAUAUGUGUAUGUAUGGUGACCCACUUCGCCAAUUGCAGAGCGCACACUGCAUUGACCUGAAGCGUCAAGCGUUUUGGCCAAAUAAAAUAUAACGUUCAAAUGUAAACAGGCGCAGCCC